AUGCCACGAGCCAUUAGAGGUGUUCUCGUAGAAUGUGACCCCUCGAUCAAAUCCAUCAUCGUCAAGAUCGACAGCGAAGAGCAUGCUUUCAUCGUCGAGGACCUAGAUGAUCAAACGCUGGUCAUCAAGGAGAACAUGCUAGCCAUUCUGAAGAUGAGGCUUGAUGAGGCCUUGAAGGAGACGCAGCAGCCGCCUAGUGAUUCUGGGUCUGAUUAG